GCCUCUGCACAACGCCACACGGUUUUGCAUGCUCCUAGGGCUGGCACAUCCUGACAACUGUUGAUUUUGUCAUAUGCGUGCGUUACUAAGCUGUUCUCCAAUACCUGCAAACGCAACAACCAGAAUCGGCUUCGACAACUUGAUUGCUGGUGUGUGUACUUUGCUACACGCACUCGAUAGUGUACACGCUGGCGAUGGAGCCGGCCACAAAUACCACAGACACAGAGGUGCCGAGGAGAAACUCUCGAAAGCGGCUGCGAAGAACGCUCAGCUGCCUCCCAUGCCGGCUACGCAAAGUCCGCUGUGAUCGCUUGGUGCCUUGCCAGAACUGUUGUCGCCGCGGCCACGAGGACCAAUGUCGGAGAAACCCUCCUGAAGGCGCUGUGUUGACAACCGCGUCGCGAACAGCCCCAUCGACCAGAAACAUUCAUGCGCACCCGUCGCUUGGCUUUCCCACUGAUAUUCCACAAACUGUAAUAACCCCUUCGCAGCAGGUGCUGCCUCCGACGCCGUCGAGUGUCGCUCCUGGUGAAAAUGAAGCUUCGGGAAGCAGGCAUGAGAGCCGCGACAAAGACAGAGGGAAUCCGACGGGGAUCCCUGACAUGGCAUUCAAGUCCAUGCAGGGAAAUGUGUACAGCGGCACAGGAGAAGCAGCUGAUGGCAGCAGAUCGGUAGCAUCUGCCAUCCUGUUUCGGCCCAACGAUAUGCUGCAGCAAUGUGUACUUGAUGAGUCGGCAACGUUCUGGAAGCAGUAUCUCAUUGGCGUCCUCCCAGCGCAAACCCAAUGCGACAUAUUUGUGUCAUACUUUUUCGAGAACCUCAACUGGAUGUACCAUGCUAUCCACGGGCCUUCUUUCCGCAGCGACUAUGCUGCGUUAUGGAACUCCCCGGUGGACGACGUCGACCUUGUAUUCUUAUCGCUUGUCUUCAUGAUUCUAGGACUCGGCGCGUUUUUUGCACCUUCAUCCAUUACGGAAGCGGUAGGACUGAAUGCGGAUACGUUGGCGAGACUUCAUCGCAGGUGGUACGCGGCGUCUCGACAGGCUCUUCAGGCGGGCGAGUUCGACUCCAAGCCAACCUUGAUGGCUGUACAGGUCUUUAUUGUCUCCCAGAGCUACUGGUACUGCACCAAAAACAUGGAGGCUCUCAACUCCCACAUGGGUCAAACGAUUCGCAUCGCCCAGGCGCUGGGGUUGGAUAAAGAAGCGCCGCCAUCCAUCACGGAUUGCAUUGAGCGCGAAAUGAGACAUCGCAUCUGGUGGGACUUGGUAUCCUCUGACACGUUCCAAUCUAUGUGUCUCGGUCGACCGACGUUGCUGCAGGCACACGAGUCUACUGUGCCGUUUCCAAGCAACUGUAACGACGUCGACAUGACACCGACGUCAAUAUACGACCGUUCAGUUACCGAGGCGACAGAAAUGAGCAUUCACUGUUUCCGCGCCAAACUCUUCCGGAUCUUGAAUAAGCUGUAUAUUGAUAACGGCGCGCACCUAUCGUCGUACGACUUUGUCGCAGGAAUCGAUGUCGAACUCGCAGCUGUAAUAGACAGCUACCCCUGGCACAUGAAAGACGACGCGUCCUAUGUCAAAAGCCACCUACCGCCGAGCUCAGCUACCGCCUUUAUGUGGAUGAGACACGCGUUACACAGCGCCAUUUGUCUCCAGCGGGUGAGGAUGUUCCGCCCGUUUCUCAACCCCGUGGUAGGGGACUCGUGGCACCGCUGUGUUGAGGCGAGCACGUCUGCGCUCGCAGUGUACAAGACGCUGAGAGAACCUGACGUUGCUCAGUUUCAGCGCAGUCAGAAGAUGCACGUCGGAGCGUAUCAGGUCUUUUCUGUCGCCAUAGCGCUCGCCAUGUUCCUGUUGGUAGAGAUGCCGUCGAAUCCAGAGUCUACUCGCGCAGAUAUAGAGCUCGUCAUUAGUGACUUGAACUCGCAUAGCGCAAGCGUCGAUGACAGCCGCUUGAUACUGCUCAUCUCCGAUGGCUGCCGUGUGAUUCAGCGAAUACUUGCACUGUAUGAUGCUCGAUGUGCCCGCCGUCAUGCGAUGACAGGCGGAGAAGCCAGUGGCGACGACUCUGCCCUGCAGGAGGAAGCUAUAACUGCGCUUGUUCCGGCGAUAGCUCCGGUUUUUGGUGGUGAACCGUCCGCGCAACGAUAUCUGGAGCGCUGCUUCACGGCGAAUACUGAAAACUUGGCGUCUUCGAACUUGGCGUCGCUCCCGGAUGGGUUCCUUGAUAUAGGCGCCUGGGAUGCGUUGCUGGACCCGACACAACAGAUGGGGAAAGGUAUGGGUGAAUUUUGGUUAGAAAUGACCGCUCUAGGACUUACCCCUUGGGAUUCCUAG